AUGGAAGAAGUAUCAUACAAAUUUCUUAGAGGUAAGAGUGUAGGAGUAAUUGGUUGUCCAUUCAGCGGUGGCCAGCCUAAAGAUGGUGUUGACGAGGGUCCAUUGAAAAUCAUUGAAUAUGGAUUGAUAGAACAACUUCAAGAGAUGGAUUGGGACGUGGAAUUUGAUGGUCAUCUUAAACUCACUGAUCUUAAACCGAAAGAUGAUCCAAAUAUAGGGAAAUUGAAACGACCUCGUUAUGUUUCACGAGUUACAGAAGCAGUCUCUAGGUCUGUUGAAAGGCAUCAUAGAAAAGGUCAAAUGGUAUUAACAUUAGGUGGUGAUCAUAGUCUCGCACUUGGCACUGUAUCCGGUACUUUAGCGGUUCAUCAUGAUGCAUGUCUGAUUUGGAUUGAUGCACACGCUGAUAUAAAUACACCCGAAUCUACCGAUUCAGGGAAUUUACAUGGAUGCCCAGUAUCUUUUCUAUUAGGGAUAGCAGGGAAAAUGGAGGGUUUUGAGUGGAUUAAGCCAAGACUUACACCAGACAGAUUAGUUUAUAUUGGACUUCGAGAUAUUGAUCAACCAGAAAAAAAGAUUUUAAAGCAACACGUAAAUCCGGAUAGAAAUCGUCCAAUUCAUCUUAGUUUUGACGUCGAUGCACUAGAUCCAACUGUUGCGCCUAGUACAGGUACACCUGUUCGUGGCGGUUUGACCUUUAGAGAAGGUCAUUACAUAUGCGAAGCAAUUCAUGAAACGGGACUUUUGGUUGCCGUAGAUUUAAUGGAUGUUCGUUGA